AUGCCUCGUGGUCAGAAGAGUAAGAACCGUGCCCGGGAGAAACGCCAGCAGGCCCGAGAAGACACCUAUGUUCUUGAGGGUGUUCAGGACACAGCAGCAGCAGCAGAAGUCUCCUCUUCUCCUCGUGGGGCAUCUCCUCAGCGCCGCCCAGAUCAUCCUACUGCAAAGGGUCCUCAGAGACCCCCAUCCACCCCCACUGCUGCUGCAGGUGCUUCCUGCACAGGGCCUGAUGAAGGUACCCAGGGCCAAGAUGGCGCCAGUGCACGUUCUUCUAAGGCCACCACUAAGGGUCCCCAGAGAGAUCCUCUCGAUAGGAGGAUCAGCAUGUUGCUGCAGUUCCUGCUGCACAAGUACAAGAUUAAAGAGCCCAUCACUAAGGCUGAGAUGAUGAAGAUCAUCAAUAAAAGGUACAAGGAGCGCUUCCCUGAAGUCCUGAACAGAGUCUCUGAGCACAUGGAGCUGGUCUUUGGUCUGAAACUACAAGAAGUUGACUCCAAAGCUAAUUCCUAUAACCUGGUCAGCACACUGGAGUUCAGCCAAGAAGAAAAUAUGCGUGGUGGCAGGUUUCCCAAAUACGGGCUGCUGAUGCCUCUCCUGGGCAUAAUCUACAUGCAUGACAACAAGAUCAGCGAGGAAGAAAUGUGGAAAUUCCUAAGUAAGCUGGGGGUCCACAAAGAGAAGAUGCACUUCAUCUUCGGGGACCCUAAGAAGCUCCUCACCAAAGAUCUUGUGCAAGAAAGGUACCUAGAAUACCGGCAGGUGCCCAACAGUGAUCCUCCAUGCUAUGAGUUCCUGUGGGGUCCCAGGGCCCAUGCUGAAGCCAGCAAGACCAAGAUUCUGGCAUUUCUGACCAAGGUCCAGGAAAUGGACCACAAUGCCUUCAAAACCUUGUAUAUGGAAACCUGGAGAGAGGAGGAAGAGAAAGCAGCGGCUAGAGUGUGGGCCUGGGUUGGUGUCACUGCCAAAGCCAAGGCCAAACCCAAGGCAAGCUCCAGCAGAUCCUCCCGUUCAUGA